AUGAAUAAAUUUUAUAAAAAAGAAUAUAUUUCAAACCAAAUACAACUAUCAAGUUUUAGUUUACCACCAAGUUGUAUUGGCAAUACUAAUAAACAAUCAGUUAGAAGUGAAAUUAAAGAUCAUAUUAUUUAUCAGUAUUCCUACUAUUUUUAUAAAAAAACUUUAUGUAUCAACAAAAUGAUCAUUUAA